AUGGCUCGUCCUGGCCCCUCCGCCCGGAAUCUUACUCUCACAGAAGAGCUGGAGAAAUUGGAGCAGUCUAUCACACUGACACUCCAAGAGAUCGACCACAACUUCAGCAAGGCACACCGCAUCGUUACCACGAACAUCUUGCCUGUUGUAGAGCAAUAUGGCGAGCAUUCGCGAAAUGUUUGGGAUGCGUCCAAGUUCUGGAAGCAGUUCUUCGAGGCCUCUGCCAACGUUUCCCUCUCCGGGUACGAGGAGAACGCCAAUAAUGGGGAUGAUGAGACCGGCGCAACCGAGGAGUCGACUGUUCAAGAAGAUACUACCGUCGACUACACCCGCACACCCCAACAACAACGCCCCGAAGGCGAAAAAGACAUGACCAUAGUAUCGACAGCCGACUCUACUUUCCGCGCAGACGAUUCUGUACUCGACGAUAACGACCUGACGGGCAGCACACCUCGACCUCCCAGGACAAAGACGAUGAAGCCGCAGUUUUCGAACCUCGAGUCCCCCUACGAGGCACUCAAGCGCGAGCUGAAAGGCGAACCACCUGCGCCACACGAGGAAGACGACGAGAACGAGGAUCUUGGGCUUGAAGAGGACUCGACUAUUCUCUUUGCGCAGCAUACAGCCCGUCUUCCGGACAUGUCCAUGACGCCGCGCUCCUCGUUCGCGCCGCCGCAGCAGCAGCAGAGUCACAAGGACCCGCUCAUGCACCGCAUGCUGGACAAGACGUUCCGCAUCCAGGCCACGCCUCACAAGGGCCCCGCUUACCGUGUCUCGCCGCUAAAGCGUGAUGACAAGAACAAGGAAAAGAAAAACGUACCUGCAUGGCAGCAGGACUCGCCCAUGUCGUCACCCGUGAUGGCUGUUCCAAAGCUACGUAGCGAGGCCUUCAUGUCUCCUAUCAAGAGCAAUGCACGACAGCGUCUUGCUGCCGCGACUGCAUCUGCGGGACCACGAACUCCGGGCGUGAGCGUGCAGACACCGGGCGGUGCGAGGAAGACCAAGGACGUGUUUGCUACCAAAGGCAACUACGACGAUGAUGACACGACUACGGAUCUCGGCGCCAGAUUCGACAAGCAAAAAUAUGAGAUUGACUGGGAGAGCGACAGUGAUGAGGGUCAUGCGCUGUAUGGCGGUAUGAGUCCGCCCAAGACUAUCCAGUUUGCGCUCCCCCCGUCGAAACUGCUUCAGACCCCUGCUCGCGAAGCAAGCAAGCGCAUUGUCGAUGACAUUCUACUCACAGCGGGCGCCGAGCCGGAGAGCUCAGAGUAUAGUCCUACGAUGGUCAAGAUGAACGAGGACAUUCUCAAUGAGAGUUUUUGA